AUGGAUUGUUCCGACGGGUUCUCAUUCAAUGAUCUCAAUUGGAUGAGACAAAACGAGAUACCAAAUACUGUGAAGACAGCGCUACUAUAUGGCGAGAUCCGUGGAACGGGAGAGAAAGCUGAUGUCUGGAUCUACUUGGACAAGGCCACGACGUCCCUCAUCUGGCAGAUCUACUACCCCGAGGGUGACGCCAAGCCUCAAGUCAUCACCGUUGAAGAGGCUCUGGAGAAAGCGAAACCCUGUGCCUGGUUCAAGCUUGCCACAACCCCGGAGAAGCUGGAGGCCUUGGCCACAUACUAUUUCGCGAGAAAGAAGUUGACGAAGAGAUACCAACCGAAACUUACGUUUGAACAAAACCGACUACUCAAAGCCAUGCUCGGUAGUGAGGCCCCAUCCAAAAUCGUCAAAUUACGAGUUCGUGUCCCCGAACAUCUUGGUCGAGAACAAUCACCAGAAGCCCUGGUUGAACCUCAACAACCUUCAGAGGUCGUUCCAAGUCAAAGAGCCCGCUCAAAGUCAACGAUAUCAGUCCAUCAGCUACCCUCGCCAUGCAGCACUACCGACUACGACGCAAAGCGCGAUGGUGAAUCACGAAGAUUGAGUGGUGCAACUUUGAUCGAACCACUCGACCCAAUCGACCGCUACUUUGAUCUCGAAGACCGAAUGGAGACCGCCUGCACCAACAUAAAGCGCCAUAACAACCGAAUAGAGGACCUAAAGCGGAAGAGGUCGGAGAUUGAGAAACAAAUCAAUAUGGAGGCGGAAGCUGUAGAGUUGCUCAUCGCUGAGAGACAUCAAGCCAAGGUCGCGAAGGACCGACUUUGGAAUGUGUUGUCGAGGGAAGAGGCCUACGAGCUGGGUCGCCUCGACACCGCAAGAAAGAUUGCCAGACUCGAUUGA